UGGGAGGACGUUGGAACAUACUUCUGUGGAGUAAUGCACUUUGACAGCAUCAAGUUUGGACCAGGAACCUUUUUAAUGCUGAAAGGUGCAAAGAUGAUCAGCGACUCUGUCGUCCAGCAGCCAGAGUCUCAGUCAGUCCAGCCAGGAGACUCUGUGACUCUCAGCUGUUCUGUUCACACUGGCCACUGUGCAGCAGAACACGUUAGUGUCAUGUGGCUGAAAACCUCAGAUCAUUCUGCUCCAGAAAUGAUUUACUCCUCUGGAAAUAAGAAUGACAUCUGCCAGAGGAUUGAGAGCGGAGAAACUACCUGUGUGUCCAACCUUCUCAUGAGGAACCUCAGCUCUGAUGAUGCUGGAGCCUACUGCUGUGUUGUGACUUUGUGUGGACAGAUACUGUUUGGAAAUGGGACCAGGAUUAAUAUUCACAGUAAGACAGAAACUGUCACUGUAAAAUACUUCCAAUUCCUAGUAAAUCAUAUAAAUGACACCAAGCCACCUGAACAGAGUCCAACCGUUAUCGCACUGACGCUGUCAAACAUCAUUCUUGGGACUGUGACAGUCUGUCUUAUAUGGACACUUUGCAAGAGGAAAGAUUCCACAGAGGCAACUGAUGGAUGUUCAGAAGGCAAUCAGAAGCCUCCCAGCCAGUCAAACCUCAGUGAGAUCCAGUGAAGACUCUGUAGUUUAUUCUGACAUCAAAUACUGUCCGCAGAACUGAGUUGGGUGAUCUGGGGAAUGCAGAUAAACCAGGCAGAAUGAAG